AUCGUACUUCGAUUUAUGCAAUUUGUUGGAGUGAAGUUGUAAUCUCAUCGCUCUUAUAGUGAUCGGGUGUUGGUGGCGGUUUAUUUUUAUUCCGGUAGACCGUAACAAUAAGUGGUCGACCUCUUUGCUAAGGUAUGUCUCGUAUGUGCUUGUUAAUGCUUGUAUGUGGUUAAAUUUUCCCACCAUCCGGUCGACCACCUCCACCAUCCGGUCGACCGUACUUUUGUAAUUAUAUGAUUAGGUCGACCUUUCAGUAAAUUCUGGUCGACCGCAUGUUUGUUAUUUAGUAAUAAAGUCGACCGUACAGUUCAUUCAGGUCGACCUGACGAGAGCUAAUUGUGUAUGUUUUUUACAUUAAAUCGUUUCAGGAUGGAUAACAGAGAUGAUACAGAUGAUAGAGAUGAUGAUGAGGUUAACUUUGAUGAGGAACCUAAGGAUGCUCAAGAAGGAGCUAUGGAUAAUUCAGAUGAUACAGAUAAUACGGAUGAUGAAGUGGUUGGGGAUGAUAAUGAAACCGAGGGUGCUGAAGAAGAAUUUAUGGAUGAUGAAGAAGCUACUGAAUAUGAACAACAAAUUCCUUCCAUGGAGUUCCAAACAUUAGAAGAUGCAGAGAAAUUUUACGAUUCCUAUGCUAAAGCGAAAGGAUUUAGCGUUCGACGUAGAGAUCUUCGGAGGAAUCGUCGAGGAGUAGCAAUUGGGAGGACAAUGGUAUGUUCGAGAGAGGGGACUAGAGAUAAGAUGCAUAUAGAUAAAGAAGGUCGGACUCGACAACAUCGUAAGAUGACAAGACAUUAUUGCAAGGCAUCGUUUACUGUACGCUUUGAUCGGAAUAAGAAAAUGUGGGUUGUUUCUAAGUUUGAGAGGAAGCACUCACAUCGUUGCUGCAAUGAAGAAGAAACUCAAUUCCUUCGGUCUCAUCGAAAUGUGAGUGAAGGAGACAAGGCUCUGUGACUCGCUAUGACACAACACCUAACAAAGGCCAAGUGUAACCAAUGAAAGGGACUGCAGUAUAGUGGCUCAAGUUAUAAAUAUCGAAUCCACGGGUCUCUAGAGUUUAUUAUUUAGCAAAUCAGAUUAAGAUGAAAGAACUAAAACUACUCUAGCAAACUACAGUUAAAGUUAAUCUAAUUACAGGUUGGGAACUCACUUAGGUAUGAUUUCCCCUAGCCACUAGCCAGAUUAACGAUUGAUGAUCUCUAACUUGUUUCACUUUCAUUCACAAUGCGGAGAAUCCUUGACUAGACCUUGAGUCUCGACUAAAGGAACAAGGCCCUCUUGAGUCAAUUGCCUAGAGGGACGUAUCCUUCUCUAGAACAACUGAUCAUGGCGUUCUGAACUAGACUCCCUCUAUCGAAAUAGGUUCUCAAUCGAUACAAAGCAGUGAAUCAACCCUUGACUAAAGCAAUCGAUCCACUACUAUCAAUCUAUGGUGCUCUAUUGACCUAAUCAGGUAUUCCCUCUCAUAGGAUCAAAGCAGAAUCAAUAAUCUCGACUAAAGCAGAAUUGAAUCAUGAAAACAUGCAUAGAUUGAAUAUGAACUCAAGAUUAUCAAGGCAGAGUACUCAUACAAUCAUCCAAUCAAACAAACAUAGCUAGGGUUCCUCAAAACCUAAGUGAAGGGAAGUUACUCCAUAGAGAAGAGAGAGACUGCAGUAAGAAUCUUCAGGUGAUCAUUCUUCAAGUCCGGGCUUGUUCCUCGAGCUUCCAAGGCGAAGAAAUCCUCCAACUCCACUCCAAGAAUGCCCUCAAAUCGCCCUCUCUCUCUUUGGUUCGUCCCUUGGGUGUUUGGGAUCCAAAACCCAGCUCUCCCCUUUCCUUUUGGCUGAAAAUCUGCUUAAAAGGGCAUUAGUGGCCAAAGCACGGUCGACGGCACGGCCGUGCUUUGCCUGACUCCGCCCGUGCCUCGACCAGGGCUUAAUUACACGGCCAGCAAGUGGGUUAAACACGGCCGUGCUUCGCAAUGUACACGGUCGUGCUUCGACUGAACACGGCCGUGCUUCGGUGCCCGUGUUUGCAGCUGAAUUGGCCAAACUGAAUUUGCUCUCGGCAUAAAAAGCACGGCCAGCAGUACACGGCCGUGUAAUGCCUUAGGCUGCCCGUGUUUUGGCUCCAGCUCACCGAAAUGACUUCCGAAUGCCCCGAAACUCGUGCUUAGCCUUCCCUUUAACGCCUGAGACCUGAAACAUGACAAAAUAGCACAACCCGGCGUAAAAUGGGCCAAAACACACGACUAUACUCCUCAAACGGAUAAGAACUAGGGGCGAAAACAUGUGCAUUUACAUCGUUAUCAAAUUCCCCCACACUUAACCGUUUGCUUGUCCCCAAGCAAACCUAACUCAAACCAAUGCAACUCUCCAGACCUCUAUAGCAACAAACAACCCAGAUUGUAGGUAGAGGACUUCCUAGAUCAUUUAGCAGCUUACGAGGUCAACCGACGCACAAGUCAUCUCAUAGCUUCUUCGGCGAGAACACUAGUAUCGAGUCGGCAACAUGGCAAAUAGUGAACAGAGGACAAAUGAAUUGUGGAUGAAGAGAUUCUCAAAAACAAAAGAUCAUGGACUCA